CCACGGCCCAGAUUCGAAUAUAAAAACGCUCGGCUAAACCCUAAUUCGUUUCUCACUCCGCCCAGACAUUUGCAGCAGACUGUACACUGAUCGAAGAAAACGGCAAUGGCUCCGAAGCAGCCGAAUAGCGGGUUAUCAGUGGGGUUGAAGAAAGGGCAUAUUGUUACUCCCAAGGAAUUAGCUCCUCGCCCUUCAGAUCGGAAAGGGAAAACAAGCAAGAGAGUGCAUUUUGUUAGGAGCCUUAUCAGAGAAGUUGCUGGAUUUGCACCUUACGAGAAGAGGAUCACCGAGCUUCUCAAAGUCGGCAAGGACAAGCGUGCAUUGAAGGUUGCCAAGAGAAAGUUGGGCACCCACAAGAGGGCAAAGAGGAAGAGAGAGGAGAUGUCUGGUGCUCUCCGUAAAAUGAGGGCUGCUGGAGGUGGUGAGAAGAAGAAGUAAUAUCUGCGAUGCUUUAUCUCACCUUUGUCUCUGUUUUAGACUGAAGUUUUGGAUCUGAUUAUUUUAUGGAAGUUGUUUAGAACAAAACCUUGUUUAGAUUGAACAUGUUUGUCGUCUUGAUUACGAAGUUGUGACUUUAAAAUCGUUUAUUUGCAAGCACACUAAAUUCGAGUUCUGUUUUGUUUA